AUGAAGUGGAAAGAGCGUGUAGCCGACCUACAAAGAGAUAAGAUAAAUGAGAUAAUGGCUAGAGAACCGAAUGGUAAGUUUUACGGUGACCCUAGCAUUUUUCAAAUUCCUUGCUACAUUAGCUCAAACUGUUUUGAGGAUACCUACAUAGACCUUAGAGCCACAUCCAAUAUCUUACCCAUAGGAAUUUAUAAGAAUAAUUUGAAGAAAUAUAAAGAUAGGGUUAGAUGGGAAGAUUUAGAAAUUAGUAGAAACAACUUUGGUGGAAGUUCUAAAUAUGUGGACAAGCCUAUGAAGGAUAAUUGGUCUCAGCAUGCCAAAAUACAUGAUAAUAUUUCAAACCAAGAUAAAUUCUUGAAAUCCAGUUUCCUUUUUUCCUUGUCAACACAAAAACCAUGUGCUGACGGAGCAAUGUCAGCAGCUGUAAGAUCGUUGUCUAGCCAAAUUGAAAAUGUUUCAAGCUCACAUCCCCUUGCUGACAAGGCCUGGCAAGCUCUUUCCAACCUUAAAUUGUCUUCUAAAAAGUAUAUCAAACCUGGUAAAAGCCGGCCACUGGCUAAUAAUGGUGCUACAACCUUCUUUCAAGACGUUAGAAGGCCUACUCAACAAUAUUCCUCUAAUAUAUAUGGCAAAAAUUUGGGACAAACUCAAGCAGACUGUUCCAGCGGGAUUAGGAUCCAAUAUAGUGAGUCGAGACACAUGAACAAUGAGUUUGAAGCAGCCGCUACUUCUGUGGCUGAAGCUGUAAGAUUUGGAGGAGCACCUAAUGGGAGCUUUGCAUUAAAUUCCAUGGAUGCCACUUCUAGAAAUAUGAAAAGCUCAUACGGCAAUGCCACCAGUUCAGGCCAUGGCAUAGACAACCAUACCAAAUAUGCAAGCCUUAACGGGGUUCAGGAGGCCAUUCCUGGGGACAUUGAUGAUUUUGAUGCUAUACUUGAGAAUCUUGAUGUGGAUAAAAUAAUUAGCCAACAUUACCAAUCAGCUAGCACACCACAGUCAGCAGUCUUAAACUUUCCACAUGUCACUCCAGCUGUAUGUCACAGUGUUGCUAGACAUGAUGACAGAAAUUUGCCUCCAGAACUAUAUAUGGACUGCAGUCAUGGUUUUAAGCUGGGACUUUGUCCAGAUGCUUCAAACCAUUUACAAAUAAUGAAGGACAAGCUCAUUUCCAUAUCAAAUGAUCUGCUUGACAAUGUUGAUCUAAAUUCCAGCCAAAUAGAAAAGCUUCGUGAAGAUAGGCAAAUGUUGAAUAAGCAAAUUCAACAGCUUGAGAAACGUCUUCAAUUUAGUUCGCCUGCUGAUAAUGUACCCAGAUCAAGCUUUGCUGUACAUACUACAAGCACAGAUUUUCAGUAUGAAACUCAUUCAUUUGCCUCGAGGGUUGACCCCAAGAGACUUGAUGAUCAGUUUUACAUGCAUAACGAGGCAAAUGGACCUAGUAGAUGGAACUCAUCAUCAGCGUCAUAUUCCUCAAAUGGUAAUAUUAGUAUUUCUUCAGCACCUAUAGAGAGAGAACUGUACAUUCGAAAGUAUGCGGAAGUCAAUUAUAUUGAAGGUUCAGAUGACAAGAACUGGAGUAAGCGAGAUUUCCCAUGGACCAAGAAGUUGGAGAUUGAUAAUAAGAAGGUUUUUGGUAAUCACUCUUUUCGACCUAAUCAAAGAGAGGUGAUCAAUGCAACAAUGAGUGGAAAGGACGUUUUUGUUUUAAUGCCAACUGGAGGUGGAAAAAGCUUGACCUAUCAGCUUCCUGCUCUUAUAUGUCCUGGUCUGACAUUGGUAAUUUCACCCCUUGUUUCUCUGAUCCAAGAUCAAAUAAUGCAUCUUUCGCAGGCAAACAUUCCUGCUACUUACUUAAGUGCGAAUAUGGAGUGGACUGAGCAACAAGAGAUACUAAGAGGAAUUUGCUCAGAUAGCUGCAAUUACAAGCUGUUAUAUGUCACCCCAGAGAAAGUGGCUAAAAGUGAUUUUUUGCUGCGGCAGUUGGAUAACUUGCAUGCACGGGAGUUGCUAGCUAGAAUCGUCAUCGACGAGGCACAUUGUGUGAGCCAGUGGGGGCAUGAUUUCAGACCAGAUUAUCAGAGUCUUGGUAUAUUGAAGCAGAAGUUUCCAAAAGUACCCGUAUUGGCUUUAACUGCCACUGCUACCGCCAGCGUUAAAGAGGAUGUUGUGCAGGCUCUUGGUCUGGUUGACUGUGUCAUUUUUCGCCAAAGUUUUAAUCGCCCAAAUCUAAGGUUUUCGGUCCGUAAGAAAAAAAAAUGUAUAGAGGAUAUUGACAAAUUCAUUAGGGAUACUCAUUAUGAACAAUGUGGAAUCAUUUAUUGUCUUUCGAGGAUGGACUGCGAAAAAGUUGCUGAGAAGUUGAAGGAGCGUGGGCACAAAGUAGCAUUUUACCAUGGUUCAAUGGAACCUGAUGUACGUGCCUCAGUUCAAUAUCAGUGGAGUAAAGAUGAGAUUAACAUAAUAUGUGCAACUGUGGCAUUUGGAAUGGGAAUUAACAAACCUGAUGUUCGGUUUGUUAUUCACCACUCUCUUCCUAAAUCAAUUGAGGGGUAUCACCAGGAGUGUGGCCGCGCAGGUAGAGAUGGGCAGAAUGCUUCAUGCAUAUUGUAUUACAGUUACGGUGAUUAUCUCCGGGUCAAGCAAAUGCUUAGACAUGGGACUGUAGAGCAAAGUUCCUUCGCGUAUGGACAACCUCGUACAAGUUCCACAAACUCAGGAAGGCUGGAGACAAAUUCUGAGAACCUUCUACAAAUGGUUAGCUACUGUGAAAAUGAUGUUGACUGCAGACGUUUUCUACAGCUUGUUCAUUUUGGUGAAAAGUUUAAUUCUUUCAACUGCGGUAAAACAUGUGACAACUGUUUGAAUUCUCAAACUCUUGUAGACAAGGAUGUCACUGGGAUAGCAAAGCAAUUGGUUGAUUUGGUGAAAUCAGUCUGCCAGAAAUUCUCAGCAGCUCACAUCUUGGAUGUCUACAGAGGUUCCACGAGCCAAAAUGUAAAAAAAAACAAGCAUGAUAAAUUAUGCUUGUAUGGAUCUGGAAAGCAUUUAGCUAAGGGAGAAGCUUUACGAGUGUUACGUCAUCUUGUUGUUGAUGGGAUACUUGUGGAGGAUGUAAAGAAAAGUGAUCUCCAUGCAUCUGUAUCAUCAGUUUUAAAAGUGAAUGAAAAAAAGGCGGGCAGUUUACUUGCAGGUCGGCAUAACAUAACUCUAAGAUUUCCGUCUUGUGAAAAAGCUUCGAAGCAAUUCAAAAAAGGUGCAACUUCAGCAAGAGGAUCUUUAACAUCAUUAAAGCAAAUUCCCGUGCUAGUGGAUACUCCUAAUCUUGCUUCUGAUCAAGCUCAAGACAGUACGCUUUCAGCGAAUUUAUAUACAGCUUUGCGACAGCUUCGCACUCAUCUUGCUGGGCAAGAAAAGGUCAUGGCACAUCAUAUAUUUAGGGAUACAGCCCUACAUAGUAUAAGCAAAAAUAUCCCCAGAACUAUUAAAGAGCUCCUUGAGGUUCCUGGCAUUGGCAAGGUUACAGGAAACAAGUUCGGAGAUAUAAUUUUGGAAACCAUUGAGAAUACCAUUAAAGAGUACAAUGAUAGCGCCCAACCUAAUUAUAGUGAAAAUAAUCAUAACUCAAACGUAAACAUUGGUUCCUUUGCCUUCAAGAGGCAACCGUCUUUGAGAGUUGGCAUUGGCAGCAGCGGCGAUAGUUCUGAUUCUGUAAAGAGAAGAAGAAACACAAGUAAAGAUCCAUACGAGGAUCCAAGAGAUGAAGAUGAUAUCAUUGCAAGCACUGCACGUUCAAAGAAGAGGGUAUUGGAGACGCCGAAUCCAGAUGCUGACCCUGUCGACUAUUUUGAUGAAAUUCCUUUUGAGGAUCUGCAUUUCUAUGAUGUUGGGCCAAAUACUUCAAAUUUAACUACUGAACAGUAUAGUGGAGGAGGGGUACCAUCUUGGUAAAUGGUGAAAGAAUUCUGCAUAAAUUUCAUUCAAGAUCCAAGAAAGUAUAUGCUUGCUUUCUCUUAUUAUAGGAAAUCUGUACAGCUGAUGUUCCAUUGUUAUAAUGGUCAUAUUUAUGUAGUAAAAUUGUUGGUAGCAACUAGCAGGUAUCUAGUGAUAGCCUCUACAAUUCCUUAGUUCUCAUGCUUCCGGAAAAACGAACAUGACACUUUCCUCUGAUCUUGUAUGUAAGUUUUGUAAUUUUGUAA